UUCUGUGUGAACUUGUGUAGCUGUUAGAUAGUCUUAGUCCUCUCUGACAGCUGACUUCUCCUUUGGCUUUUCUGCUUGUUGGUGUUCUGAAGACUGAACGAUGAGGGUGUGGAUUGUCUUCCUCCUGUGCCUAGCUGGUCAGGCAUUCACCGCUUCCAUUACUGAGGAGGAGCCCAUCAUUGAUGAUGUCGGUGAGGAGGCACAGCCAGAGGUGGGGGUCAACCCGGUGCAGGUAGAGACUGGAGACUUCGACGAGGCCAUCGAUGUCGAGGAGGAGGAGGAGGAGGUCACCGCUGAGAGCCCCUGCUUGAACCACCACUGCAAGAAGGGAAAGGUGUGUGAGGUGGAUGAGGAGAACACCCCCAUGUGUGUCUGCCAGGACCCCACUACCUGCCCUGGUGCCGUUGGAGAGUUUGAGCAUGUCUGCGCCACCGACAACACAACCUACGACUCUUCCUGCCACUUCUUUGCCCACAAGUGCAGUCUGGAGGGAACCAAGAAGGGCCACAAACUGCACCUAGACUACAUCGGGCCAUGCAAAUUCAUCGAGGCCUGCAUGGAUGCUGAGCUGAAUGAGUUCCCCCUGCGUAUGAGGGACUGGCUGAAGAACGUUCUGGUCAGCCUGUACGAGCGCGAUGAGGAGAACAACCUGCUGACUGAGAAGCAGAUGCUUAGAGUGAGGAAGAUCUACGAGAACGAGAAGAGACUGCAGGCUGGAGAGCACUCCCUGGACCUGCUGGCCCACGACUUUGAGAAGAACUACAACAUGUACAUUUUCCCCGUCCACUGGCAGUUCGGUCAGCUGGACCAGCACCCCGUCGAUGGGUUCCUGUCCCACACAGAGCUGUCCCCCCUGCGCGCCCCUCUCAUCCCCAUGGAGCACUGCACCACUCGUUUCUUCGAGCAGUGUGAUGCUGACAAUGACAAGUACAUCGCCCUGGAGGAGUGGGCCAACUGCUUCAGCAUCAAGGACCAGGAUGUCGACCAGGACCUUGUCAUCUAAGCUCAUCAGCUGACCUACAGUAUGAAAACGAGUCUCUAUCGGGACGAGGUGCUCAGCUGAUCCCUAAAUUAGAGGAAGACAGUAACGGUGCUAACUACAACUAAUUAACGACCAACCGACACCACUAAAAUUGCUGAAAAAGACAUAUGCACAGUCUGAACUAACAAAUCACAAAAAGUGAUCAUGAUACAACUUUUUUUUUCUUGUUUCUGCAAAUAAAAAAAAUCCUUUUUAACCAGAUAGAUUAGAGGAGGUAACAGAAAGAUGCUUUUUGACGGGAGAAAGAUGUAAAUGUAUGUUGAAUGGGUUGUGAUAAUGGUUGUUCACAACAUGUAUAUUGUGUUGACGUGAUCAGGGCUUGGAUUUAAUAACAUCAAAUAGAACAUUCUUUGGAGGAUACAAGUUUUGUAAAAAUCUAAAAAAAUAAAGUUUCUAAAUAAA